CUAAGAAGAGAGAUGAUGUUUUCAGAAAAACACCCUGUCAAUAUGACUUAUGUGGAAUGAGUUUGAAUAAUGUUUUGGUAUCAAUUAUUAGUGAUAAAAAUCCUUCAAGUAAGAACUCUAAUGAAAUUAAUACAUGUGGGAAGUUGCUCCUUGGUAAUAAUCGAGAAACUACUCAUACUGGAAAGAAAUCUGAUGAACAUAACCAAGAUGGGAAAUCCCAAGGUCAUAAUGAGGACCCUGUUGAGCAACAGAAAAGUCACUUUUUGGGACCACCUUCUGAAGGUAAUGAUGGUGGAGCAGCCAUCCUUAGUGAGGCAGCCGUCAUGACAGCUUGGAGGGCCCAAGCAGAAGAGAAAUCCCGGGAUUAUAAGGAGCAGGGGGCAAACAGCAGUGACGGGUCAACCCUUGAAGUCCAGCAAGAAUCUCACACGGGGAAGGCUCACUCUGCAGUGAAUGAGUGUGAGAAGCCAACCCUCGUUGAACAUCAGAAAGUUAACGUGGAGGAGAAAACCCAUGAAUGUAAUGAAACUGAGAAUAAUCUCAGGAAGAAGUCCCAUCUCAUUCAACCUCAUAAAACUCAAACAGGAGAGAAAACAUUUGGAUGUAGUCAUUGCAAGAAAUCUUUUUAUCAAGAGUCCCACCUCAUUCAACAUCAGAAGACACACACGAGAAAGGAACUGUGUGAAAGUAAUAAAUGUGGAAAAACCUUCCAGAAAUCACAACCCACUGCCCCUCAAAGAACUCACACAGGAGAGGAGCCCAGUGAAUGCCGUGAAGCCCCUCAGGGGUCAGCCAUUGCUGACCAGCAGAGAACACAGCCGGGAAAGAAGCUUUAUGUAUGCAGUGAGUGCAAGAAGUCUUUUCGUCACAGCUCAGCCCUGAAAGUCCAUCAGAGAAUUCACACAGGAGAGAAGCCCUAUCAGUGUAAGGAUUGCGGGAAGUCCUUCUACGCAAAGUCAAACUUCAACCAUCAUCAGAGGACUCACACGGGGGAGAAGCCAUAUGAAUGUAAGGAUUGUGGGAAAUCCUUCUGUGUGAAAUCAAACCUCACUAAACAUCAGAAAACGCACACAGGGGAGAAACCUUUCAAAUGCAAUGAAUGUGGGAAAACAUUCUUACAGAAGUCACAGUUUGCCGAUCAUCAGAGAACACACACAGGGGAGAAACCCUACAAAUGUAAUGAAUGUGGAAAAUCCUUCUACUAUAAGUCAGCCUUACAUGUACAUCAGGGGAAGCAUACAGAAGAGAAACCCUAUAAAUGUACAGAGUGUGGGAAAUCCUUCUGCUAUAAGUCAGCCCUGAUUAUACAUCAAGUAUCUCACACGGGGAAAAAACCCUAUGACUGUAAUGAAUGUGGGAAAGCCUUCUGCGUGAAGUCGAAUCUCACUAAACAUCAGAAAAUCCACACAGGUUUGAAACCCUAUGAGUGUAAUGAGUGUGGCAAAUCUUUCUCCAUGAAUUCGAUCCUCACUGUACAUCAGAGAACUCACACGGGGGAGAAACCCUAUGGAUGCAAUGAAUGUGAGAAAUCAUUCUACAAAAAGUCAGCCCUCACUAAGCAUCAGAAAACUCACACAGGGGAGAAACCACAUGAAUGCAAUGAAUGUGGGAAAGCCUUCCAUAUGAAAUCAACCCUCAUUAUACACCAGAGAACCCACACUGGAGAGAAACCCUUUAAAUGUAAUGAAUGUGAAAAGGCAUUCUAUGCGAAGUCACUUCUUAAUAUUCAUCAGAGGAACCACACAGGAAAGAAACCCCACGUCUGCAAAGAAUGCGGGAAAGCCUUUUCCAUGAAGUCAAACCUCGCUGACCAUCAGAGAACACAUUCAGAGGAGAAACCCUAUGAGUGUAAUGAAUGUCAGAAGACCUUUCGCCACAAGUCAACCUUAACUGUACACCAGAGAACUCACACAGGGGAGAAACCCUACAAAUGCAGUGACUGUGGGAAAGCCUUCUCUAUGAAGUCAGCCCUCAGUCAGCACCACAGAAUACACACCGGGGAGAAACCUUACGAAUGCAAAGAAUGUGGGAAAACUUUCUUCCAGAAGUCACAUCUCACUAAACACCAGCGAACACACACAGGGGAGAAGCCUUACGAGUGUAAGGAAUGUGGGAAAACCUUCUUCCAGAAGUCACACCUCAUUGAACAUCAGAGAACACACACUGGGGAGAAGCCCCAUGAGUGUAAUAAAUGUGGAAAGUCUUUCUGUUACAAGUCAGCGCUAACUAUACAUCAGAGGACUCACAUAGAAGAGAAACCCUACAAGUGCGACGAAUGUGAGAAAUCUUUCUGUAUGAAAUCGCACCUCACUGUGCAUCAGAGGACUCACACAGGGAAGCACCCGUUUGAAUGUAAUGAAUGUGGGAAGACUUUUUAUGUGAAGUCAAACCUCGUUAAUCAUCAGAGAACUCACACAGGGGAGAAGCCCUAUGAAUGUAGGAGAUGCGGGAAGUCCUUCUGCAUGAAGUCGACCCUCAUGGUCCACCAGCGCACACACACGGGGGAGAAGCCCUACGAGUGUGACGCGUGUGGGAAGUCCUUCUGCAAGAAGUCGACUCUCACAAAACAUCAGGCAAUUCACACACGAGAGAUACCGUAAGAGGCAGAGAAAUGUGGGAAGUCCUCCUCUGUGAAGUCGUGUUUUGUCCCACCUUCGAGAACUCACGGGAGGAGCCUUAUGAAUGUAAUAACAUGGAGACUCUUUUCUGCAUGGAUUCAGUCUUUCAUUGGCGGCAGGAGGCACACGGGUGGGGUUGGAGGGUGUUUUGUGAAUGAAGUGAAUACUGGGGACUGCUGUGUCAUGCCUUACUAAAUGUCAGACUGCGUCAGGAGAGAGGGCUCCAGGGACAAUUUUAGUAUCCACCUCCGAAUCAACUGUAUGCUUCAGAGAGGCCACGGGAAAAACACAAAGGAAGCAACAAAAGUAUUAAAGCGUUUACAAAGUCGCAGCUGACUGAAUAUUAGGUAAUUGAUAGUGGAGUGAAAGUAUAUAAAUGUUUUAUUUACAAAAGCUUUCAAGAAAAAAACUUUACUAUAUAAGAAAAGAAUUAGUACUGA